UGUAUCCGUUGCCAAUUUCCCCCUCUUCGCCACUUCGCUGCUCCAACGCGUCUUAAUUAUCUAUCGCCAUUGACUUUGCGGUUCUUCAAACCUCUACGCUCACACGGCUAAAGAAUCGAGUACGAUGUGGCCCUUCGACGUCCCAAGCGCGCCCGUCGCACCCACCAGCUCAAUCCUGGACAACGGGCCCAGUCUGACCCCCGUCUACGCCCCUCACCCAUACUAUCCCCUCGAAAUAGAAAUCACCGGCUAUCUCGCCAAUCAGUAUGGCGUGCCUACUCUGAUCGCCCUUUUUGCUGCAGGCUGUGCCGGCAUCUUCACUCUCACCCACAUUGUUGUCACUCAUAUCCGGCCGGGCUUGCCCACCUCUGAGCUCCUGACCAUUCUCUGGUUUGUCCUCUCGGGCUGCAUCCAUGCCUUCUUCGAGGGCUACUAUGUCUACAACUUCCGCGCCAUGGGCGGGUUGCAGACCCUGUUCGGCCAGCUCUGGAAAGAGUACUCGCUCUCGGACUCGAGGUAUCUAACCAGGGACCCGUUUGUUCUCUGUAUGGAGACGAUCACUGCAGUCUUCUGGGGCCCCUUGUCCUUUGUCGUGGCAUACAUGAUCUCGACGGAGCAUGUCCUACGCCAUCCGCUGCAGAUCAUUGUGUCGCUGGGUCAGCUUUACGGCGAUGUGCUCUACUAUGCCACCAGCAUGUUUGACCACUACAUCUUUGACAAGUCGUACUCGAGGCCGGAGCCGUACUAUUUUUAUGGAUACUAUGUGUUUAUGAAUGCGUUUUGGAUUGUUAUCCCCACUUGUCUUAUUUUGGGCAGCGUCAAGGCGAGUGGGAGAGCUGCAAACGUGCUGAAGAAAGUUGGAGAAAGAGCGGGACGUGAUGCCAUGAGUAAGAAGACAAAGACGACAUAAACAAAAGGGAGCGUUUGUAUUAUCCAGUAUUAAUUAUACUCAGUCUGAGAUGCAGGGCAUCUUAAUACCCAAU